AUGCACAAAAAUUUUAAUGUCAAGCAAUAAAUUUAUAAUUCUAUUGAUAGAAAAGCUGCUAUGAUAGAUAUUAUUCAGUCAGGAAAUAACACUUUUACAUGCACAAACUCUAUGUUUUAAUCAGCAGGCAAGUUUUCAACAACUUUUUAAACUCCUAGGUUAGAUAAAACAGGAUCUAGCAUAAAUAGUGAUUUCAAUUUUUUUCGAAGUAGAAGUAAUGUUUAUCACAACAAUAGAGAUAAUCAAUUUGUUUAGUCUUCCAAUCCAAGCUACAGAUCAAUUGGAGUUACUCGAUUUGAAAGCCCAAAUUCAAACAUAGAUUAAGAAAUUGAAGAAUCCAGAUCUGUUAAUAGCAAUAAUAACCCUUCCAUAUAGAUUUUAUAGAAUUCAACUAUAAAACAUUAUUAUCAAACACAUAAGUAGAAUAAAAUAAAAAUAGCUCAGCCUUAGAAUUAAUAAAAUGAAUAGAGAUACAUCUUAGAUACAAACAAUCACCAGAGCAGCAAUUUGAUUAGAAAUAAAUAAAUGACAAAGCUAAAUCAUUUAUUAACUAGUAUAAAAUAACCAAUAAAUAGACUAAACUCCCCUCUACUUCCAACUGAUAGUAAAUAAAACUUUUAUCAAACAGAUUCUAAAUCAUCUAAAUGUUCUGUGAACUUGAAUGCAUUUAAUCAAGCAGCGAAUAGUUAAAACUUAAAUAACUUAUCGAAUGCAUAAGAUUAGGUUGCAAAGUAAAGACUUACUUUUUAAGAAUUCAGAAAGAUUGGAGGAUUUAAAGAAAAAAAUAUUUAGCUCGCUUCUAAAUUUCAUAAACGUUCUAUAUCAAACCCUUAAAACCCUUACGAAGAGUAAUUGAAAAUGUUGGAUAGUCACAAACAAGGGAUAUAAAAUCUAACAUUUAGAGAAAAUAACAUUUACCAACUAUAAUAAUUUUAAUAAAGCUAAAAGCAAUCUCAAAAUUAAAGAGAAAUAUUUCUCAUAAAUUUUUCUGAAUGCUCAUCAAAUAAAAUAUAAGUCUAGCCAUACAUAAUUCAAAAAUAUGAAUAAAAUACCAUUGAUUAUGAUGAUAAAUAUUAUCAAUAGAUGCAAGAAAUGUUUUAAAGUGCUUCAUUUUUAUUUUAAUAACAAAUAUAGUACGCUUUCCUUUUAAAUGAAUGCCCAAUUAGUCUACUUUAACAAAUACCAGAUCAUUCUAAUUGCAUAAUUUUAUCUUGUAAGCCAAGACCAUUUUUUUGGAAAAAGAUAUUAUAAUUACACAAAAUAGAAAACUAGAAAUCGUUUUAAACUAUUAGAGAUGAUGUGAUUUCAAUUGUUAAUAAUCUAAAAACUGAAGAAGAAAUUAUUCACUUUUUAAAAAACCCAAAAAAUUAUUAACUUGAAAAGAAAAGAAAAGUUUAUUCUAUUCUGGAAACAUUUUGUCAUACAAAUAAAUCCUCAAUAUUUUAAAAUUCUAAAAAUUAUAAAGAUUUUAGUAACAGAAAUACCCAGAAUUUCGAGCACAGUUUAUCAAGAUCUAAUUCUAAAGCUGAUUCCAUGAUUUCGAAAAAGAUUGAAGAAGAUUUUAGCUAGGCUAACAAGGUUAUUGAAAGAAAGUUUGAAAUACAAUAUCCUCUCAUAGAUUAUUUAGCUUAAAAUAGUGGAAGGUUAUAAAAUUAAAAAUAAAAAAUUUAUUAAGAAGUCUCAAAAAUUAUUGAAGAACACAAAAAAAAAAAUUUGAUAACUGAUGAAUAAAUAAAGAAACAAGAAGAAGACUUCUAAAUGUCUAAAUCUCCCAUUACAGGUGAACUGUUAGAUAAAGUUUUACAAGAAAUCCCUAAAAAAAAACCUAAUUUAUUAUAUUUCAAUAAAUAAUAACUUUUAAAAUUAAAAAUUAAGUAAAAUACAAACCAAUUUGCAAUUCAUGAAAAUUUCUACUAGCAAAAAUAAAAAAAUAAUUCAAUUUUUAAAGUUAAAGUUAAUUCUAACUAAAAAAUUAAAUAAUCAACUGAAGAAAAAAAUAUGCUAGAUUAAUUGUUUAAUUCUUCAAACCGUUAAAAAACUCCUGAUGGUAAUAAAAAAAACUAUUUGGAAAUGAAUAAAAAUAAAUAUUAAAAUAUAUUGGAGGAUAUUAAUCAUGAAUUCCCUAACUUAGUUGCUCAUAAUAUCCCUAAAAUAGAAAAGAAAACAGGGUUAACUAGACAGUAACUGCAUUUGAUGUUUUCAAAGUUCAAAUCACUUUUACAUUACAAAUACUUAUAUAAUAAUAAUAAAAUGCAAACAGCAAAAGAGACGGUGAAAAAUGGUUUUGACACAUAUAUUUUUAAGAAAGGAAUACCUAAACUGAAUAUUGCUCCUGAUCAUGCUGUAGAGAAACUCUUUUAUGAUAAAAAUAAAAAUUCAGAUAAUACAAGUCUAUUAUGGGAAUAGUUUCUAUCUGCAUUAAUUAUUCUUGAGUCUUAAUCAGAAGAUUCUAAAAUCGAUUUAUUCUUAAGGAUUAUUGAUAGCAACUAAAAUGGAUAUCUUUCUUUUGAAGAAAUUUUUAAUGCAAGCAGAGAAGUUUUUAAAUAAAUCUUAUGUGAGAUCUAGCAAGGAAAGGCAGUAUAAAAAAAUAAUUUUUAGAGAUAAGAGACAAAAAAAAUUGCUUAGUUUUAUUAAAAAACAAGAAGCUAAUUGAUAGAAGAUUACAAAAUAAGUGGAGAUUAGUUUAAUUAUUUAGAAAUGAGUGAAUUUUUAACCAGGUACAUAUUUGAUUACUUAAACUGUCCUUAUGAUUAAGAAAUUAACACUCAAUUAGUUAGAUCUAAGCUUAGUGAUUAAAGUAAAGAGUUGGACCUACUUUUAAUGAUAUGCUUUUAAGAUAUAAAUUAAUAGCCAAGAGAAGAAUAUGAUAAUCAAUCUGAUGAAGAAGAUUUUAAAUUAAGAAAAGAAGAAGAAAAAAAUAAAUAUAAUUAACAAAAAAAUGAAACAAAAGAUAAUGACAAUAAUAAUAACAAUAACUGA